AGCCCUGGGAGCGCGUCUCAGGCGAGCGCUGGUCCCGGGUGUUCCCUGGCGGAGUCGUCUCUGCACUGAGCGGUAGGAGGCGAGUCUCAAGCGUCCUGUUCCGACAACAGCUAUCGGAGGCUCCCUGGCCCUUAACUCAGCUGCCAAAGCAUCAAGACUUCGUGGUAGCGCUGUCUGCUCACCUGCUUUCUCCUUGCCACUCUUGGGCUGGCCCCUGGGAAGUAGGGAUAGGAAGAAGGCAACUGAGUCGUGGCGCUAGGAUGGGAAACAGUGCUCUCCGUGCUCAUGUGGAAACAGCGCAGAAAACUGGUGUCUUUCAGCUUAAAGACCGUGGUCUGACUGAGUUCCCCUCAGAGUUGCAGAAGCUGACAAGCAAUCUUAGGACGAUCGAUUUGUCCAACAACAAGAUCGACAGCCUACCACCUCUGAUAAUAGGAAAGUUCACUCUGCUAAAGAGCCUCUCCCUCAACAACAACAAACUGACUGUUCUACCUGAUGAAUUAUGCAAUCUGAAAAAACUAGAGACACUAAGCCUCAACAACAAUCACCUGAGAGAGCUACCAUCUCCCUUUGGGCAGCUGUCAGCUCUGAAGACCCUGAGCCUCUCUGGGAAUCAGCUGGGAGCAUUACCACCCCAGCUUUGUAGCCUGAGACAUCUGGAUGUAGUAGAUCUCUCCAAAAACCAAAUUCGGAGUAUACCUGACACAGUCGGAGAGCUGCAGGCCAUCGAACUCAAUCUCAACCAGAACCAGAUAUCUCAGAUCUCCGUCAAGAUAUCCUGCUGUUCUCGCCUCAAAGUCCUCCGGCUGGAAGAGAACUGCCUUGAGCUCAGCAUGCUUCCACAGAGCAUCCUCAGCGACUCCCAAAUUUGCCUGCUUGCUGUGGAGGGCAAUCUCUUUGAAAUAAAGAAACUUCGAGAACUAGAGGGUUAUGAUAAGUACAUGGAGAGGUUCACAGCCACCAAGAAGAAAUUUGCAUGAUGUUCUCCAGGACCAUGGGACAGACUUGGAACCUCUGUUGGAAUCUGACUGAGUCAAAGGCUCCUGAAGUUGGAUACACUGCAGAUAACAUUUUACUUAAUAACUUCUUCCCUUUUUAGGACUAUGUCAGAGAAGCUAAAGGAAAGGCAUUUAGGAGUAGGAGACAGAAAGAACCCUACAUCUUGAGCCGCGUAGGGCCAUGGCCAGUGUUGAUCUUCAAAACCAUCAUUAGUUGGGCUCUAAGUGCUGCCUGUUAAUAGAGGGCCCCAUGCCACAGCUUGAGAUUUUGUUGAGUUGCAGACUGCCAGCUUCCAUAAAGUCGGUCCCCAUAACCUGUGUGUUAACACUUCAUAUUUUUUAUGAAAUUCACGUUUGUGGGAAACAGGUGUGACUAAGGAUAAAUGCUUUUGCUCCAGUACAUUAACUCAACAGCAGUGUUUACACUUGGAACUGGGCUGUACAUAAAUAUGUAGCUGUCUUAAAGAGAGCUUUGUCAAGGGAGCACCAACUCAACAGCCACCAAGAAUGUCCCCCAAGGCUGCAGUAGCAAAUUUUUUUUUUUACUAUUGCAGGUGCCUUAUUGGUAGAGGGCUCUGAAAGAGCUAAAACUAUAUGCAAAAAUUAUAAUUUUUGUUUUUAGACAGGUUUUUGCUAUGUAGCCCAGGCUGGCCUCAGACUCAAAAUCUCCCGACCUCAAAUCUCCCCUUUCCUCCACAUGCUGGGAUUAUAGGCAUGCGCCACACUCAGCCUACUUGUAAGAUUUUAAAUUAAUAAUCAAGGUUUUCCUGAAGCUUUGUUAAAAAUCAUGUGCUAUUUCUGGUAACUCCUCCCCCUUUUGUAUUUAUAACUGUACUAAUCAGAUUACCUUCAAGAAACCAUUGCUACAAUAUUUUAAAAUAACCUAUGUUUAUCAUGGCUAUUCUCUGAAUGAGAAUAUUCUAAAUAAAAUAUUUUUAGUGAA